GUCAAAAAAUGUUGUAUACACACAGGAAGGCAAAGAAAACAGAUAUUGUUUCCCUUUCCCAGGUUUAAAACUGUUUUAUCUUGUUCUUCUUGUUAUCCUAGGGUAAUUUUCCCUCAUGAUUCUCCUACGUUAGUCCCUCCAAACGAAAUCUUUUCCUUCGAGACUUUGUGGUUGCAGCGAUCGCUUAUUUUAGAUCUUGCUCUUGCAUCUUGAUCUUGUUACAUCGAUCCCUUCUCUUGGUACAAACAUGGCAAGAACAUAGUAACAACAUAGCAACAACACAGCAACAACAUAGUACCAACUUAGCAUCAUAGAUCGUGCUGUUGCCUCCCAUAAAAACAGCCGCUAAGAUGACUCUUCUCUCGUUGGUUCUCAAGCAUCUACUCUUUUGUGGGUCUUGUCACAUCGAUUCGCCCUGCGUGUAGGUGCCAUAUGCCUAUUAGUGAUGCACAGAAGAGAAUAGUACCGCACAAGAAGGCGCUCGCCUGAAUCUGUGACGGCCCAUUUGGAGGUAUAAAAAAGCAACAGGAUUCGUCGAGACGAUCAGGAAACACAAUAAGAAGCUUGUUGUAUCCAUCUUCCCGAGAAUAGCAAAGAACGCUGCAAUAAGAAACACCAUCUUGUUACCGAAAACGGAGAGCAACUUGUUCUCACACUACAACAACAAUUGAGAGGAAAGAACUACUCCUGGCCGACAACCUAUCCUCGCACUGCAAGAAUAACCAGUAGCUAGUCCUCGAGGUCGUUCUUUUCAAGCAGAAGAUCAUCAUCUCUCGGACUACAACAACAAGUAGUGCUGGUGAACGUGGUUCUUUCUUGCACAACUACAUCAAGAAUUAUAGGAAGUAGUGGACGUAGUUCUUCCAAUACAAAAGACUAAGCAGGAGAAAUAGAUGAUGAUGCUUUUCUUCUUCCUCGUAUUUCUUCUUCGGAGAGGCGAGAGGAUGUUGGCGUCCUGCAUUGUCUUCAUGCUGCGAGAGGAUGUUGGCGUGCUCUUUGCUGUGGGAAAAAAACACGCUGCAGCCGCGAAGGCCGAAGAGGGGGCUGGAAAAGAGGCUGCUGAGCAGAGGGCGUGGGAUACCGACUGUGCCCAACUUCUCCCAGGCGGUUGGGUAGGUGCUGCGGAAGGACAUGGCGCUGAAGAUGCCCUUGCGUGUUAUCUUUUAAGGGCAACACUUUUGGUGCUUUCUCAUCAUUUCACGUAGGGGCGGCCGCGUCCCCAGGGACACUGGCUCAGAAUGUAUUCCAAAACUGAAACGAGAAAUAGCCGAGAAAGUAACGACUGAAAUACGAGGGGUACUAACGUAAAGCCGCUAUAUUCCUUCAGUAGCUCGCUGUCGGUUGUUCCUCCAAUUAUUAAGGGUUACUUGCUAUUGACAUAUUUAUAUAUGUACCAGGGAGGGAGGCCCCCCCCUGUGGAUGGAUCUGUGGUGGACCACGCCAGAGGGGUCCAGCCUGGCCACCUUUGCCCGGUCUGUAGGGUUGGCCACAUGCAGCACGCCAAGGGGGUGGGUCCCGCCUUGCCUCCUCUGCCGGCUCUGUCGGGUACCGCAACACGCCAGAGGGCGCCAGCCUUGCCAUCUUUGCCAGGUCUGUAGGGCACACGCAACAAGGCAGCGGGGCCCUGCCUUUGCCACCUUUGCCAGGUGUGUCGGGUACAUGCAGCAAGGCAGCGGGGCCCUGCCUUUGCCACCUUUGCCAGGUCUGUCGCGUACAUGCAACAAGGCAGCGGGGCCCUGCCUUGCCUCCUUUGCCAGCUUCAGCGCCCUCCAGUUUGGUGGCGCGCUAGGGUGCGGGCAAGAAGCGGGAAGGGGUCAGGAGUGGGCGUCUUGAGGCCUUCCCGCCCGGCAGCCCCUCGAAAAGAGGGGCCGGGGCUGGCAGGCCCCCCCCUCAAAAAGUUAGAUCGGGGGGGGCCUCCAACCCUGAGCCCUGGGACAUAUACGAAGAGAGUCCCUGGGCAAUGACGUGUGGAAGUCCCUUGCUCUAGGGUGGGCAAUAGCAGCCUACCCUAUCUUAUCCUGUCCAAUGAUAUACUUUUUCGCUUGAGGUUGAUGGAUCUUGGUCUUCUUCUGUCUCAAUCAUUACUAGACCCAAGCGCCCGGCAACUCUCCCUCCACUAGAGUCCUCCACUUCCUCCGCGCGCUUCUUCCAUCAGAGCAGGCUCCCACAGUCUCCUCCCCUUCGGCCUGAUCAUAGUGCGCCACGGGCGUUCCUGAUAGGCGGGGCGGGAGGCUGAGCGAAGAGGCCGCGUCUGCCAAAAGAAGGAAGCCCCGCACCGAAUCCCAGGAAGUUCGGAACUUUUUAGAUCGUACUUUUUGUUGAUGAAUAAGCCAAAAACUUUACUCUUUUGAAAUUUGAAGUUUCAAAUUCGAAAACCAACCGAAGCUCAAAGCUGAAAAUUUUGAAUUUGAAGCCCGAAGCCUACGGAGUUACAAUUUUGAACUCGAAGCUUGCAACUUUUGACUUGCAAGCUUGAAUUUGCAAUCUUGGGUCUACGACUUUGGGCUUACAGCUUUGAGCUUUCAACUUUCAACUUUGGACUUUCUUGGACCACAAGAGCACAGGCUGCUAAGGCUUGGCAAGUUUCUUGUGGAUUUGGGGUUGGCCUGUUGAUCGUUGAUGUUGGAACUAUACGCCUUGAGGCCUAUGGGCUUCCUUGGGGUCUUUCCGGUGCUGCUUUGUCCUUGGCCGGGCUGAGAGAUUGAAACAACGAACGCGAGGGAGCAGAUACCACAAGGCACCCGCGUAACGGGGAGCCCGGCAGGCGGUUGGAUAGUGCUCCGGGUGGGUUUGCUAGAGGCCUGAGAACCACAGACACACGCGCCAGCGGUGGCAAACGCGUCGACGGUGGUGCCCAUGGGCUACCGGAUUCGGCUGGCGACCUUGGUCAUUUUAGGGAUCUUAGUCCCCCGGGCCUUGUGGGUCUUCGUGGUAUUUCGAUGGAUUCAGACCAUGGCCAACAGACUUGAGAUGUUGAGUCUUGGCCUUUGGCUUUGGGGCUCUAGAUAUAUUUGAGGUCUUGAGCGCUGUUGCGCACUUGAAAUAUCGCGCUCAAGAGCUAAGCGCAAAGCUUUGGCCAGCGUCUAGCCUAAGCCUAAAGCUUUUGGCAGCACGCUCCGAGGGUACGUACAGCAGCGCGCGCUUUGAUUAAACUCAAAGCUGAAGCUUGGGGUUUGCCAAGUUAAAGUUUUGAGUUUGGAUCUAUAUUCUUGGUUGAUAAAAUCAAAAAUUUAGGCCUUUGGUGCAAGAUUUUUGAUUUUAACGGCUAAAGCGUAAACUAGAUUAAAGCGUGUUUUGUCUUAAUCGAUAUUCAGUACCAUGCUCGUGGGUUCUUGGGCUCAGGCGUUCGUGUGUUGCGUCUGUUAGUUCGUGGGCUGAUUAGAAGAGAGCGCGGGGAAAUUUGCUACGCGGGUCGAGUGUUUUUGGCCCGGGUGUUUUUGGUUCGGGUGCUUUUGGUCCGGGUGUUUUGGUCCGGGUGUUUUUGGUUCGAGUGCUCCUGGCUCAGGUGUCUUUGGUUCGGGGGUCCUUGGUUCCAUUGCUUCUGGUUCGGGUGUCUUUGGUUCGAGUGCUUUUAUUUUGGAGGCUGGUGGGGAUAUAAUGAAAUUUUCCUUAGCUCUUUAUUUUUGCGAGUCACUUGCUUUUUUCGCAGUUUAUGGAAUUCUGUCGGCCAAUGCUCUUGGGGUCUGACGCAGCCAUCGGCCAGAAAGCUUCCGCCCGCCGCCAUCGCGGUAGCCACCCCUCAAUGUUCCCCCGAUGAUGAACUGUGUUCCCUAGCGCUCAGGGGGUGCUACUUCACUGGAUGGCCCCAUAAGUGGACAGAAAUAGCUACACACGAGGCGCGGCAUGGCAUGACAUAUCUUAGCACUGCCGCCUCUAAUAUUUCCCAAGGAUUUAUACGACGCAGGCCUAGAGGAGGAGGUGGACUUUAAGGGACGACUGCAGAAAAAGUUGCAUCACCUUGCCUGGCGAGCAAUAAAUAGACUCUUUGCCACCUCUAGACUAGGUAGGAUCGUCAUCAUUUUCAUCAUUAUCAUCAUCAUCACCGUCGCCAGUCAGCUACUUCAGUGCAAUAAGCAAAGCACUUCAGUUCAAUGAGCAUGAGAAGAAAAGCGGCCGGCUCCUUUUCCCGCUUCCACCCUAGGUGUGUCGCUCCAUUCAAGAAAGUACUCAUGUACAACAAGCAGAGGCUCUUAUUGAGUAUUCAUGGGCUAUGCACUCGUCUUGUAGAAGUUGGGAACUACAGGGUAUGUAGAUAUCUCGUCAAUGAUUUCAGUUUUCGCUCCAAAUACUAGACUAAAGAUUUGUUAAACACAGAGGAAGGAUUGAAUCAAUCGGGGGCGCACUCGUGACCAAUUAAUUUAUACUUCUUCGCAUUGGAUCACACCUCCUCGAUGAUCACGUCAGGUGCCCAUCAUGAGUCUGGUCUUGAGCAGUAAGUCCUCCCUCUGUUGAAAUCAUCUGAAGCACUUGAGUAGUAGUUGAAAGUAGAACUUUCUAUUUGGUUGAAACCGUAGCCAGCCUUGUCUGCUAGUGAACCUGGUAGACCAGCGCCAUUCCUAACCAAUCACGGAAGUGAGCCAUGGAUACCUUUCGCUGGAGGGUCUCUAACAAGGGCAAGACGCUAAGCAGGGGCACCAAAGGCUGGAUUUGCUACACCUCGGAGAUGAUGCGCGCCGGCGCUUUCGCCAAGUACAAGGAUACUAAACACACAGAAACGAUGGAUCGGGCGAAGGUUGCGGCUGACAAGCAAGAAGGAAUUCAAGGCAAGUUUGCGCGGAAGCGUGCCAUCGCGUGGCUGCUUGCAGGGGGCAAAGCUAAAUUUAAAGCCCUGGAAAAACGCCGGGAACAGUACGCAAAAGCAGUUGCAGACAAAGAAAAAGUUGCAGAGAACAGAGUUCUGAGCUCUUGGCGACGUUACGGGUUGCAAGUUGACCUAUGUUCAUGUAAAAGCAUAUAGUCUAAGUCUAUGGGGGCAAGUCUAUCUAAUAGCAUUCCUAGUCCAAAAACAUAUAUUUCACGGGGAGGGUCUCUGAGAUGGGCAAAGAUAGCUGGAGAGGUCAACUUGAGAGGUCUAACAAAACGAUGUGAUGCCAGCGUUGACGGGCCGUUACGUGGAUGAGAGCACGGGCACAGCUAAGUGGGAAGAAGUACCAGAGGACCAGCGCAAUAGCUUUAAGAUGAAAUGCCUCUUAUCUUAGAUAUCAUCUGUUCUUUUUCUUAUAUUGAUAUUCGUCAUGAUUUGCGAGUUUCCUUCUCUCUCAGAAAGCCUCCUUCUCUAAAGUGUAGCGAGGUGAUCUGAUCUAACGUCGUAUUAUUAUAUCACCCAUCUAACAUCAGAUGAUAUCUGACGCUUACAUCGAUAUCGUCACUCAUCUAACACAUGCACAUGCCCUGGAGGCGAAGAAGGUGAAAGGCAAGAUGAAAGCGGAGAAGAGGAACGCGGCAAAGUUUAUGGCCAAGCUUUUACUGUUCGCCCAUAAUGAGUAAGUAGGCAAGGUGCUACUGCUAGCCUCCCUUUCGUCUAGCUGACAGCAUAGGCGGGCAGUCUGGGCCGCCAUGGCUCUUGCCAAGUGAAAAUGGUCAUACUGGGUGAGAAUCUAUUGGAGUUCCAGUCUUUUGCUGGGGCGAGAAGUCGGGGCAGGGCAGAUGUGUUGUCUGUGCGUCAGCGGGAAGGACAUGACAGGGCCCUUGCUUAGGUGGAAGGGGAUUGACCUCUAAGACUAAGAGGAGGGGGAGACGAAGCGCAAGGAGGAGGAGGAGACGAAGCGCAAGGAGGAGGAGGAGGCGAAGCGCAAGGCGAUGGAGGAGGAGGAGGCGAAACGCAAGGAGCAAGGUACCGUUCUGGCGCCCACGAACGGAGACGAGGAGGCGCGCCAAGCAGAAGAGGCCAGAGACGCAGAGCUCGAUGAGAACGGAACCGCCAAGAAGGGAGGGCCGGCUCCCGUGCCUGAAACCAAAGCGGACACGGCUGGGGCGGAGGCGGCACAGGAUGGCGGAGGACAUGAGACCCCCAGCGACGAGGCGGGAGACGGAGAGAAAAAUUAAGACCAAAGGUCUCGCAUACUUAUAACACUCACCGUAAAGAUCGCGGGUGACAACGUUCUUCAACCAUAUUCGUCUUUAGAGAUUUCUCGAUAAACUAGAAGUACUGCUGAUCAAAAUUACACUUUAGCUCAUGGAUAUUAUUGAUUAGGGCUUAGGGCUCCUAAGUAGUCUCGCGUUGCGCGCAAUAUUACACGUACUACAUCUCUAUUUCUAUUAGGGCACUCUCGGUGUCGGUUCCUUUAUAUAUUGAAAAGCUUAGACUUUCUAACUUCCACAUGUCACCCUUGUGUCCAAUGAUUCAUAGCAAUUUCUGCUAGAGCUCCACCUUUUGUAAGUGAGUAAGGUAUGACUUAUUAUAACUUGUUCAAAGAGCAUACUGGCCUAGCAUAUGAGUGAACAGUAAAGGUCGCUUACUAGUAGAAGAUCUGGUCUAAAGCAAAGAUGGUGGACUAGGAGGGGAUAGAGCUGCAGCAAAUGGUCGACAAGCGGAACCAAAUGGCGGACGCGAGUUCCUGGCUGCAGAGGACGCGCAGGCAAGCGGUUCGUUAUGAAGGUCACACUGUAACAACGAGGAAAGGGCGCCAUAAUGUAUAAGUAUGAUUAUAGAAACUCUUAUUAUUGAGUAUGAUUAGAGAAGCUCUUAUUACAAGUGCUUAGAAUCGACGGAUCCUAGCAUAAACAUGGCCAUUGAUCAUUAACUUUUUCUUCAGUCUAUACCUUUAGCAUAGCUUUUUGGUUCUUUCCUAGUUAUCGAGGCUCUUUUCCUUCGCGGUUUGAGAUUUUUUUAGGUCUGGCGUGCUUCCUAAAUAAGAUAAUAGGUCCGCCUUAACACUCUUUUUCGACAAGAGGUCUAACGGCUGAGUUUGUGAGAAGGUGUUUCAUGAAGAUAGGUCUAUUGGUUUAUAUUGUGAGCCUUUUUUACUAAAUGUAGAAGCGGCAAUGCUCCUCGUUUUGGGGUUUCGGAUUUAGAGAACUCCUAUCGGAAUACUCAGAUUCCGGACAACUGAAUAGUCGCCACCUCUAAUAAACGAAGAGAAACCUCGUGUGCCAGUGGCGGAGCCUGGUGUACCAACAGCAGCGGACUCGAAUACACCGACGGCGAAAAACGAGCUGGAGGCGAAAAACGAGCAGGAGGUGCCAGGACAGGCGAUUCCAAAAGCGGGAGCGAAACAGCGAGGAACGCUGACCCUUGCGGGAGUCCAGCACAGAGAAGCGAACUCAAACGCGGCGCCGCAGUCUAAAACCCAAAUUAAGAGUAAUAAUUUUGGUGUUUUGCAGGCACUGCUAGUUAGUUUUCUUGCCCCUUUUCUUCUUGUGGGACCAGAAGGGCAUACUGUUAUUGAUUCACAGGGUAAACUAGCACCAAAGCCCGGCACUGUUAGCGUCUUGGCUUCGGUCGUGUUCACUAUCAGAACUUAUCUCUACGAGAUAAUUAUCGAGAAAGGAUUCCCAAGCCCCUUUCUCGCGUCCGAUACUGUAUCUGACUUCCCGCAGCAAACCCGUUUUGUAGAGUAGCCCUCGUUGUUUGGCAUUCGUAAGGCUUUGCCUUUUCAUCUUAGCACAGCUUCGCCAUCUUUCUCGUUUCUCAUGUAUUCUUUUUUUCUUCCUUGUCCUGUUUCGCGCGAUCGCUGUUUUUGGGGCAGACGUCGGGAGAAGGAGAUGAAGAAGCGACGGAGUAGACUAUACAAAAGUAACAGGACAGGCAUCAUCAGUGCGAAUUUCUAGCACUUAACUGUAACGGCAAUUGCUGCCACUCCCAUCCCUUUCACCAGGCCGUUGUGAGAAGCCCUAGGCCAUAAUAAGCAUCUGACUCCCUCCGGGUGGACGGGGUGCGACCUUUGGUCUUGUUUGGUUCGCUUUGGUGUCACUGUUUCAGGGCCCACGCGUUUGCCUUCUUGACUGUAGUGGUGGGCCGACUAUGUUCCUCCCUUUCACCGGGCCGCUUUCGUCACGGUUUUAGCUCCGCGCUGUAGCUGACUGGUGAGGCAUGUGACUUCACCGGUCGAGAUCUCAAAAACAUUAGCUAAGCCCGAUCUCUGCGCUUAUUCUUAGCACAGGCCCGCUCCACUGAUUUCGGGUUUGCUAGUCGUAGUUAAUUUUUUACCUGUCACUUCAUGCUUUCGGUGGUUCGUCAGUAAAUCAAUCAUCAGUGUUGCGGCGUGUCAUACCCCUGCAGGUGUGCUGACUUGCUCAUGGGGCCCCGCUGCGUCGGGUUGCGCCUUAGGUUUUCUACAGGGGCCGACUGUGCGGCUCCUCCGAUAUUCGUAGAUUUGUGGCCGAUUGUACGGCCUUAUGCGCCCCCAGUAUGUAACUUGGGUUUUUUUUUUAUAGGUUGAUUAAUUGUUUCAAAGGGCGGUGGCAUAUAGUCCUAACGCAAAAAAAAAACUCUACGGGCACUAGGUGCAGCGCUAUCAGGGAUACACACAUACAUACCAAAGCCCUACCUCUAACAAUGGAGCGGGAGAACCUGCUAACAACGGAGCCAAAAAGCCGACCUAUCUUUAAGGCAAUUGAUUCAGAUGCUCGUCGUAGUAGUUUAUACGAUCGCACACAUCUUCGUAGUAGUCAGCUGUUCUUUUAAUUUUAUAAGGCAAGUUAUAGAUGAGUGAUUCCUUCUCGUACAGCACGGCUUAUUAUUUCGGCUAAGUAUACGUGUAAUCCAACUAAGUUGUAGAAGACAAUCAUGUAGUACCAAGUUGUAGAUGUAGACAAUCAUGUAAUAAUAACUAAGUUCUUGUAGGUAUCCUACCCUACAGCCAUGAUUCAAAACAACCAAAAGUCUGGUAACUCUGGAAUGUGUCACGACUGACGUCGGAGAAAGUCCUCUUCCUCUUCUAAUCUUUCCUACGAGGUAGUGGGAAUCUUCUCCGCGACCAGGACGAGCUACGAAAUGUUGCCCUGAUUAUUGACGACGCCGAUGAUGUUUCGGACGACGGCUCGUGCUGCCGCUGAAGGCAGAAACAAUGCUGUGGGGUUCGGACGACGGCUCGCCGUGGAUGACUAGUUGACAUCAAGUACUAUGAUUUUCAUUUUGGAAAUAACCCUAAAAAUCGCAUUGCGUCUUCAUUUAAACCACUAUACUCCUACUCUUACUAAUCUCGCAGUUCCCUAAUACCUAAGCAGACUAAAAUUUUUCCCUUGUAGUAACUAAUUAUCCCUUCAUUUGCUUUUAAGUACUAGAUAAGUUUUCAAAUAAGUGCUAAAACUUUGUAGAAUGCAUGGUCAACUCUCUUCUCAUCACAGUGGUUUCUCAUCACAGUGGCUUCUCAUCACAGUGGCUUCUCAUCACAGUGGCUUCUCAUCACAGUGGUUUUAUGGAACAAUUUGUUCACUUUCUUAGGUGUUUCGGUAUGCGAGAAGAUGAGGUCGUAGCUUCGAGGAGUGGCAUAGAUGAGGCGGAACCACGAUGACCAGCGGAGUCGCUAUUGUGGAGCAAGUAGCCAUGGAACUGUCAGCAACUAGGAAAAAGGCUACCUCCUACCACCUCUCCGUCAAAAAUCCAAGAAGCACUGAAAUUGACUUCCAAGAAUUAGAAAAGUUAAAGAUUUUAGAAUGAUACUCGUGAAGCACAUAUACCUCGAUCGGCGCAGAUAUAACUGCACAGCUGACCAAGAACAAGAAUCAAUAUUCUACUCUCAUAUAAUCUACAUAAUUUAUGCACAUAAAAAUGCACACGAUCGUUAUUUAUCUAUUCAAGAGCAGCACAGCAUACACAAGAUACAGGUCUGACACAAAUGAAAUCAAACAAAAAACUAAGUGACUGACAUUCUGAGUCAUAAACCUAAUCCAGUUUUUCAAUCUUGAAUUUUCUUUCCUGACUACAUAUACCAGAAGUUUUAUUGGGUUCAAAGAAAUGCGAUGAAUCUAUCACCUAUGCAUACUGCCGACAACGAGUUGUAAUCAUACUUUGACAAUCCAUUUUUUAGUUGACAGGGAUAGGUCAGGUAGGCCAAAAAAAUGGACGAUAGGAUGCGGAUAGAGG